AUGGUAAUAAAAAAUAACUAUAAUGGAAAGAAGACCUUUGAAUGUUCUAACUGCAAAAAGAAAUUUAAUCACAAGUGUCAUUUGGUAGUUCACAUCAGAACACACACAGGAGAGAAGCCCUUUGAAUGUUCUUACUGCAAAAAGAAAUUCAAUCAAAAGGCAAGUUUGAUUACACACAUCAGAAUACACAGUGGAGAGCCAUUUGAAUGUUCUUACUGCCAAAAGAAAUUUAAUAAAAAGUCAAAUUUGAUCAACAACAUUUCUAAAUCUAUGAAUGGACUGCAUGACCCUGACUUGGACCGGACCUGCUCCCAGUCUGACCUUGUAGAUCAGUUGACAGGUACUGGCAAAACCUUGGCAUUCUUACUUCCUGCAUUCCUUCAUAUUGAUGGACAAGAUGUACCUCGUGACAAAAGGGAAGGCCCUUCUGUGUUGGUGCUAUCCCCCACACGUGAGCUGGCUCUACAAAUAGAAGAUGAAGUGAAAAAGUAUCACUACAAAGGAAUUAGAAGGUCGUCUUCAAAAAAAGAUGACACUGCAAUGUUAGGUGAGCCAGUUAUYUACAAAGAGGUUAGUUCUAUUGGUGUACAGACAGACGAUGAUGGCUGUGAAAAUGGUUGUACUUCCAUGUACGUCARUACUUCAAACCAAGAUAUWAGUCACAUAGAAACAUCUCCACUGCAAGAACAARGUGUUUUAMUUGCUGUUGGAGAURACUUAGACAUUGAAACUGAAGAWGDYAAUGAMGAGAGAAGCACAGACAUGGAUGUAAUUGAUGCAAUGCUGAAAGUUCUUGAAGAAACCAAUGRUAACAACRUGAAUAGAAACAAAACAAYAGCAUCAUAUGCAGACUCUGAAUGUUCUCACUGCACAAAGAAAUUUAAUACAAAGGGAAAUUUGAUCAAGCACAUCAGAACACACGCUGGAGAGAAGCCCUUUGAAUGUUCUUUCUGUAAAUUGAAAUUUCCAAGAAAGGAUUCUUUGACAUAUCACAUCAGAACUGUACACACUGGAGAGAACCCAUUUGAAUGUUCAUACUGCAAAAAGAAAUUUAAUCAAAAGACACAUUUGAUUGAGCACAUCAGAACACACACUGGAGAGAAGCCAUUUUCUUCAACAAAAGAUGGCACUGCAAUGUUUGGUGAGCCAGUUAUCUACAAAGAGGUUAGUUCUAUUGGUGUACAGACAGACGAUGAUGGCUGUGAAAAUGGUUGUACUUCCAUGUACAUCAGUACUUCAAACCAAGAUAUAAGUCACAUAGAAACAUCUCCACUGCAAGAACAAGGUGUUUUACUUGCUGUUGGAGAUAACUUAGAUAUUGAAACUGAAGAAGGUAAUGAAGAGAGAAGCACAGACAUGGAUGUAAUUGAUACAAUGCUGAAAGGUCUUGAAGAAACCAAUGAUAACAACUUGAAUAGAAACAAUAAAACAGCAUCAUAUGCAGACUCUGGUACCAAUAAAGAUAAUGAUAAGAAUAGUGAAAGUGAACUUCAGAAGGAAGUUGGAAAUUACUCAGGAGAUUUGACAGUGCUCACAGGUGACAACAACAUUGGGACACGAGAUAAUUCUGUGCAAGACUUGUCCAAUGAAGGUGUCGAACAGAAAGCUUUGAAACAGAGUAAAUAUACUGAAAAGAAGCCAUUUGAAUGUUUUUACUGCAAAAAAAAAUUUAUUCGCAAGUGUCAUUUGGUAGUUCACAUCACAACACACACAGGAGAGAAGGCCUUUGAAUGUUCUUACUGCAAAAAGAAAUUUAAUCAAAAGGGAAAUAUGAUCACACACAUCAGAACACAUACUAGAGAGAAGGCAUUUGAAUGUUCUUACUGCAAAAAGAAAUUUAAUCGAAAGACACAUUUGAGCAAACACAUCAGAACACACACUGGAGAGAAGCCAUUUGAAUGUUCUUACUGCAAAAAGAAAUUUAAUGAAAAGGGAAAUAUGAUCAAACACAUCAGAACACACACUGGAGAGAAGACAUUUGAAUGUUCACUCUGCAAACAGAAAUUUCAUAAAAAGUCAAUACUGAUCAAGCAUUUCAGAACACACACUGAAGAGAAGCCCUUUGAGUGCUCUCUCUGCAAAAAGAAAUUUAAGCACAAGUGUCAUUUGGUAGUUCAUAUCAGAACACACACUGGAGAAAAGGCAUUUGAGUGUUCUUACUGCAAAAAGAAAUUUAUUCAAAAGGCAACUUUGAUCAUACACAUCAGAACACACACUGGAGAGAAGCCCUUUGAAUGUUCUUACUGCCAAAAGAAAUUUAAUCAAAAGCAUCAUUUGAUUGAUCACAUGAGAACACACACUGGAGAGAAGCCAUUUGAAUGUUCUUACUGCAAAAAGAAAUUUAAUCGAAAGCCACAUUUGAUUGAUCACAUGAGAACACACACUGGAGAGAAGCCAUUUGAAUGUUCUUACUGCGAAAAGAAAUUUAAUCACAAGGGAAAUAUGAUCAAACACAUCAGAACACACUCAGGAGAGUAAGCACUUUGAGAAUUCUUUCUGGAAGAUCCAUAGUUUUUUACAGAAGCUACAAGACUGUGUGUGAUGAAGGGAACUGACUUGGUGAUUGACUUGGCAAUUUUUUUUACAUAUUUUCCUGUUCUGGAAGAAAUAUGUCUGUGUUUUGUAGUCUUACACUUUACAGCGUGCUCUGUCAUUGAAUGGAGCAUGCAUGGCAGUGUCUCAACUCAUUUCUGAUCAGAAUAUCUAGAAUGUUAUAUGCUAAAAUUAUAUGCUCUGUUUUCCCGAAGAAGCCAUACACAUCUAAUAAUGUAUGAACAAUUUUAAUUAUGAUUCACUGCAACAAAAUUGCCAUUUACAGUUUUUUAUUCCAACAUAAAAGAUCUUUAACUAUUCAUGACUUAUUAGAACUAUUAAAUGUAUAUAAGUUUCCCAUGCA